AUGCGUCUCCUGUAUCUCCUCGCCUCACUGGCGCUGUCACUGGGAAGUGCAAUCGCCCAGCGCCCGACCGUGACACUGCAAGAUGCGGUCUACAUCGGCACCACGACCCAGGUCGCGUCGGGCUCAGCCACGGCAGUCGUAGACAAAUUCUUAGGGAUUCCAUACGCAGCGACACCGGAACGGUUUCGGGCUGCGCUACCCCGGCUAAAGGGGUCAGCUACGGUCAAUGCGACGGAGCAGCCGGUGGCGUGUAUUCAGCAGUCCCCGUCGAACCCCAAUUCCCCCGAAAGCGAAGACUGUCUCUUCCUCAACGUCUUCGCUCCCCACAUCUCCCCCCCCAACAACACAAACACGAGCUGCAGCAACAGGAAGCCUAAGUCCAAAGAGGAAAAACAGAAAAAAGCAGUCCUCCUCUGGUUCUACGGCGGCGCCCUCGCCUUCGGCAGCAUCUCCCCAACCGACGGCUCCCCCCUCGCCGCACACCAAGACAUCAUCCUCGUCGCCUGCAACUACCGACUCGGCGUCUUCGGGUUCCCGGGCAGCGCCUCCCUGGGCCUGCCCUCCAACGAACUCAACCCCGGUUUCAGGGAUCAAAAGAUGGCGUUGCGGUGGAUCAGGGAGAAUAUUGAACAGUUUGGCGGGGAUCCAGACAAAAUAACUAUUUUUGGGGAGUCGGCCGGGGGGGUGUCGGUUGAUAGUCAGUUGUUGAGGGAGGAGACAGAAAAGGUGCCGUUUAGGGGGGCGGUAUUGCAGAGUGGGGGGUUGCAUACGUUUAAUCGGAUUGCGUUGGGGGUCGGGGUGGACGUUACCGGGAUGGGGACGGGGAAUAAAGAGGGGGAGGAGCCUUUUGUGACGUUGGCUAAUUCUUUGGGGUGCGGGAAUAGCAGUGUCGCGGGAGAGGAGGAGGAUAUCGUGGCGUGUGUGCAGGGGAAGGAGGUGGAGGAGGUUAAGAAUGCGGUGCUGGAUCUGAAUUUGUUGUUUGCGCCUGUUGAUGACGGAGGUCAGACGAGCGUGGGAGAUAGUGAUUCUGCGCGACGGGCUGGACGGACAGUCAAAGUGCCGGUCUUGAUUGGGAGUACUUUUUUUGAGGGGGGGAUCUUUUCUGAUGCUGCGUUGCAGGCCAAGUCGUUGGCGGAAUGGGCCGAUGUGAUCUACCCGGACAACACGACGGCGGCAAAGGCGGUGGUGGAUGCGUAUGCCGUGGGCUCGAGCUGGGAUGUUGCGACGGAGGAGGAGGCGGUCAAGUUGUUGCAUUCGGAUUUUCAGUUUGCGUGUACCACCACGUAUGAUGCGGAUAUGAUUGCCGGUAUUGACAUUCCAACCUGGCGCUACGUGUUCAACGCCUCGCUCCCAAACGGCCUGGCCUCCCACGGCAGCGAGAUCAGCUUUGUCUUUGGGGAUCCGCAGAGCACGCCCGAGAACGAAGCGCUGAGUGCCAAGAUGCAAAAGGCGUGGGCGGACUUUGCAAAGGACCCGGCGGCCGGCCCGGGAUGGGAGCAGUAUGUGACUGGAACGAAGACACUGGCGGAUCUGGGAGGUGAGGGUGAUAGGACCUCGAUUACGGUCGUGGAUCCGGAGGUGGUGGAUUCGAGGUGCAGCGUGUUUUGGCAGGCGUAUGAUCCUGCGAGGUUUAGUCAACCCUGA